AUGUGGUGUGUUUGUAUAUUAUUUACUCGUCCAUCUUUUUUCCCUACUGCAGGAACAUAUAUAGCCACAUUAACAGCAAGAGAUAGAGACCCUGGUGAGGAACCCUCAGUCAGAAUACUGUAUUUUGAAGUGGAAGAUAAAAGCGGAAAUAGGGGAACGUUAAGGGCUGAUUUGAUUAUUAAAGAUGUCAACGAUGAAUCGCCGCGUUUCACCAAUUUACCAUACAGGUUUGAAGUUUAUGAGAAUGAAACCAUAGGGUCAUCACUAUUUACUGUUACAACAACUGACCCUGAUGACGGACUGGGUGGAACUGCUACCUAUUGGCUGAAUGACUCGUCACAUCUUGGAAAUCCAUUUAAUCUCUCAGGAAAUUCCAUAAUCUUAACAUCACCAUUAAACUAUUCUAUUAAUACAUUUUUUCAACUCAAGGUUAAUGCAAGGGAUAACAUGAUCCCAUUUAAUAAAGCUGAUCCAGUGGAUCUAAUCGUCAACGUUCUUGAUGUCCAAAACAUGCCACCGUACUUCCUCCACCAACCUUACACAGUAUCCAUUCUAGAAAACACAACUAUAGGAGAGAAAACAAAGCUCAAGGUUGUAGCUCUAGAUGGAGAUAGAGGAGUACCUAAUGAUAUACAGUAUUCAUUUGUACAAGGAGAGGCACACAACUUCUCCAUCAAUAGUACAACAGGGGAGAUAAGCGUGGCUGGUGGUCUUGAUGCUGAUGAUGAAGCAGUGAAACAGAAGGGUGGAGUGUUUCGGAUCACCGUCAAUGCAAGUGAGGUCAUUCCAAAUGGUCAGAUAAAUUAUGGACAAGCCUGGUCAACUACCGACCUGUCAAUCACGUUGAUUGACGUGAAUGAUAACGAACCAACGUUCACCCAACCUCUUUAUACAGCUAGUAUAGCCGAGAACUCUCCUAAGGGAGUCCCUCUUACCAUGUCCAAUGGUCAACUUAUAGAAGUCUCUGAUGCUGAUCAGACUUCAGACCACCACAGUUUUGAGUUGUUGAUGUCUGAAGAUAAUAUAUAUCCUGAUGCUUUUGAUACCAUACCGGGAACAGGAACACCGAUAUACUCUAAGUCUACUGUUAUUUUAAAAGUCAAUAAUACAGUUAUACUGGAUUAUGAGACGAGGACUAAUAUCACUUUUAAGAUACGAGCUAAAGAAUUAAAUUCCAUUCAUCAAACAGAAACAACUAUAGUAGUACAGAUUCUGGACGUGAACGACAAUUCCCCAGUUUUCCCUGACAAUCACACCACGCAGUUCUCUGUUCAUGAAAACACGGAAAAAGGAACGUUUAUUGGUUUAAUGACGGCUACAGACAAAGAAUCAGAUGUCACCUAUACCUUGGAUGGCGAAGAUGAUAAAUUUCAGAUCGGCAAAGUUACGGGAAAUCUAACGGUGAAUGGUUGUUUAGACAGAGAACUGAGAAGUUCGUAUACUAUAUUUGUUGUGGCGACUGAUAUAGAUUCCGACUCUAGUCAACAGAGAUCGACCCGACAAAGGAUUAACAUUGAUAUACUAGACGUUAAUGACAAUACGCCUGAAUUUAUAGACAUCCCUACUAGAAGACAUAUUCCAGAGGACACCAAGCCCGACACCGAACUCUUCAAAAUUGGUGCUACUGAUAAAGAUAAUGGAACCAACCAAGAAAUCGAGUAUUUCCUAACUUCAAACGGAAACAUAACUGGAUUGGACAUACAUAUUGACAAGGGAACAGUGUUCGUUAAUCAAUCUCUAAUCGGAAUGGUUGGGUUGAGAUAUAUAACGGUCAUGGCAAGAGAUAAGGGCCAACCUCCUCUUAACGACACAGUGCAGAUUCUAAUAAUUAUUGAGGAUGUUAACCUUCAUCGCCCUGUAUUUUAUAGGCCAUCUCAUUCUGAGUACAAUGUUUCUGCUAACCUUAUACCGGAAAUCACCGUAGAAGAGGAGCAAGUCAUUGGAUCUAACAUAUUAAAUAUUUACGCCAAUGACUCUGAUAGCGGUAAUAAUGGUGCCAUAAGCUACAAACUGGUUCCUGAUACUUCUGAUGACUGGCAGAAGUUCUCAAUCCACAGAUCGUCUGGUGUGCUGACUAACGAUGGUCGAUUGGACAGAGAAAAACAGGAGGUUUAUCAGAUCAGUAUCACAGCAGUAGAUGGGGGAAUACCCUCUCUAGAGUCAACCAUCACGUUAAAAAUAGUACUAGAAGAUAUUGAUGAUAACCAGCCAGUGUUUGGUGAACAUAUCCAGCAACCGCAUGGUAUAUCAGUACAGGAAGAACAGACGGAUAUCGUCGUGGGUAACCUCUCACUGGCCACUGAUCUUGACAAGAUACCAAUUAUCUGCUAUUACAUUCUAGGUGGAGAAUUAAUCGACCACUUUUUCUUGAAUAAGACAUCUGGAGUUCUCUCCCUUGUGAAAAAGUUAGACAGGGAAGUGACAUCGGAAGUGAAUCUGGUGAUAGUUGCUAGAGGUGACUGUUCUUUGACGAUUCAGCCAUCAGUAUCUAGCAAAGGAGAUCUUGUUGAUGGACAUCCUCCAGAAUAUGUAAGGAACAACAACACGAUGCUGUGGGUCAGAAUCACCGUCACUGAUAUCAACGACCAGCCCCCUGUUUUUUCAUCAAAAGAAAUUACUUCCGGUUUUCUCUAUGAUAUUGAUUUUGGGUCAUUUAUUAAAGAUUUACAGGAGGAGGUCACCGAUGCCGAUAUUGGUGAAAAUGCAACGCCAUAUUUUAAAUUAUUAGGACCAAUCACAACAAAGGAUAUAGAUAUCGUUGAUAUAGAUAUUGUGAAGACUCCACCUUUAAUCCUUGAUAUCAAUGGUACCAUAAAAACCAACAUGUUAUUUUCAUCCGAUAUGAGUGGUGCCUUUAUAAUGAAAGUCCAGGCGUAUGAUAUCGGAAACUUAACAGACGAAGCUGUAAUCGAGAUAUAUCUGAUCAGUGAUAUACAGAGAGUUAAAAUGGUUUUCUUAAAGACUCCGGAUGAAGUUAGGGCUGUUAAGGAUGUUUUGAUACAAGAAUUAGAGAAAGUUCUGGAAUAUCGAAUUAUUGUUGAUAAAAUAGCGACCCACCAAUCUUCAGAUGGAAGUCCUGUUACAACCAAGAGUGAUAUGUUUAUACACGCCCGGUAUCUAGAUACAGACAAGGUAGUACCAGCCUCAGAAUUAUGGAGAGCGUUUGAUUUCAGUCAGAACAUUAACCUUAUUUUAGAUAAAUAUGGUGUUGUUCAGACGUCACCUGUAAAAGCUGAGAAGAAGGACGAAACUACCACAGAAGACACUCUAAGGAUAACCUUGAUCAUUGUAACAAUAAGUCUCGGAGUUAUAGCCGUUAUUCUGGUGUUAUUCCUGGUUAGUUUAAGAUCAAGGUACAGGCGAAAAUUGAGGGCAGCAACAACUAGAACAUUCGGUGGUUCUGUUAAAGAUACCAUCCCAGAUAUAAUUCCACCUGGUACCAACAAAUAUUUCGCUGCAGCGUCUAAUCCUGUAUAUAUGAAAGACGUUAGUCUGAACUUAGCAGACGAUGAUUCCACCAGCCAAAAUUCACUGGAUGUCAAUGAAGUAGAUGGCAAAAAGAAACCGGAAAUGACGUUUGAACCGGAAGAACAAGAAAUAGUUAUGUCCCUUUAUGACGAGCAUGCGCAAGAGUUGAAAGAUAGUAACAGAAAUACCGCGUUAGAUAUGGUAUUACAGCAAUAUGAGGAGAAGUUGAAUUUAAAAUCUAGAGAAAUAGUGGUUGACAACGGUGAAGAUGAUCAAUAUGAUUCUAAUCUAACAUCAGUUCAAACGUUAAACAAAUUACGUUCACCUAACGUUGUUAUUACUGGGCUGAACGUUCGCCAAACGUUUUCGGAACAUUGUUCUGCUAGCUGGGUUGUAAAAUGUGGCAUAUGA